AUGGCUCCUAAUUCGGUAGAUGCAAAUGGGGUGUUAUUUGAAUCAGAUGCAGCUACUCCUGACAUGGCUCUCCCUAUUACUCCUAUUCAACAAGCUAACGAAUAUCCACGAAAGUUAGUUUGGAGGAAUAUUAUUGCUUUUGUAUAUUUACAUAUUGCUGCACUAUAUGGAGGGUAUUUGUUUCUUUUUUCUGCCAAAUGGCAGACAGAUGUAUUUGCUUAUAUUUUGUAUGUGAUGUCUGGACUUGGAAUCACAGCAGGUGCUCAUAGACUUUGGGCUCACAAGUCAUAUAAAGCAAAAUGGCCACUUCGAGUAAUCUUGAUUAUCUUCAACACUAUGGCAUUUCAGGACUCUGCGAUCGACUGGGCACGUGACCACCGCAUGCACCACAAGUACUCGGAGACCGACGCCGACCCACACAACGCAACGCGAGGUUUCUUCUUCUCCCAUAUUGGCUGGCUUCUAGUUCGGAAACAUCCUGAACUCAAGAAAAAGGGCAAAGGACUAGAUUUGAGUGAUCUUUAUGCUGAUCCAAUAUUGCGUUUCCAGAAAAAAUACUACUUGAUCCUGAUGCCCAUCACAUGUUUCAUCCUCCCUACGAUAAUUCCUGUAUAUCUUUGGGGAGAGACAUACAUAAACGCCUAUUUCGUGGCCGCUAUGUUUAGAUACGCGUUCAUAUUGAAUGUAACAUGGCUCGUUAAUUCUGCGGCUCACAAAUGGGGUGACAAGCCCUACGACAAAAAUAUUCAGCCUUCUGAGAAUAUAUCCGUGUCAGUGUUUGCACUCGGUGAAGGUUUCCACAACUACCACCACACUUUCCCAUGGGACUACAAGACUGCCGAGCUCGGGAAUAAUAGAUUGAAUUUCACCACGAAUUUCAUUAAUUUCUUCGCUAAAAUUGGUUGGGCCUACGAUCUUAAGACCGUUUCAGACGAAAUUGUGCAAAAGAGAGUGCAACGCACAGGUGAUGGAACUCAUCACCUGUGGGGAUGGGGUGAUAAGGAUCAUUCCGCAGAGGAGAUCAGAGCCGCGAUUCGAAUCAAUCCUAAACAAGAUAAAGAUGAC